AUGGCGCUGCAGUGGAUGAUCCUGGCGUGCGUGGUGGCGGUGGAGGCGGCGGUGGCUGCGCUGGUCACGCUCCCGGUGCCCCGCGCCGUGCGGGGCCAGAUCGUCGCGCUCACGUCCUUGUUCCUGCAGCCCCUCUCCAGCGUGAUACCCUUCGCCGCCUUCCAGCUCCUCGAUAUCUACUGGAAGAAGGAGCACAGGCUGAUGUGCACCUCGGAGAUUUGCACCGCCGAAGAGCGCAUUCACUUCGAGAAAUCUAUGUUUAAAGCUCAGAGGAAUGUCAUCCUUUGUGUUUCAGCAUGCCUCCUUUACUGGUGCAUUUAUCGUAUAGUAAAAUUCAACAAGGAUAUUAAGGCAUUGGAAGAGACCGAGAAGCGCCUCAAGGAAGAGUAG